UUUUUUUUCUCAGCCUUUGGGUGGUAUGAUCUGCUAUUGGACUUACCUGCCAAUGUCCGUAUUUAAGUCAUUAAUUAUUUGUAACUUUAGACCUGUGGUGAGGAUCAGGGUACAUAGUGCUAGGGAUUGAGGUGGGCACCAACAAGCCAUUCUGCCUUGGCCAGGUUAUUUAGAUAAGGUUCUCUGGCGGUGAACUAAACCUUAAAGGGGUAUUCCAGGAUUUUUUUUUAUUUGACUAUGCUACAGGGGCUGUAAAGUUAGUGUAGUUCAUAAUAUAGUGUCUUUACCUGUGUGUGAUGGUUUUCUCACAAUUCUUAUGUGAUUUUCACCCCAAUAUUUAUUUUGAACAGCGUACAAAAUGACUGCUGUCUCAGAUUUUUCCCAGGGUGCAAUGCGGUCGAGACCUGCCUCACUAGUCAGCUGAUGACAGGGAGCCUGUCUGCUUCAAUGGGUGGAGAGAGCAGUCUGCAAGUAAUGCAACAGCUGGAGGCACCCUGAUUGAAAACCACAGUGGUACUCCAGCAAUGUAUGUGGACUUUGUGAGCAGCUCGUCCAGGUGCAUGGUAAUCCCAAGACAUAUGCCCUUAUGUUAUGGCAUUGGAUAUACAGAGAUGAGGAUCCCUAACCUGCUGGAGCAUGAGACAAUGGCAGAGGUGAUUCAGCAAUCCUCCAGUUGGCUGCCGCUGCUUGCACGUGAAUGCCACCCAGACGCCAGGAUCUUCCUGUGCUCACUCUUCGCACCUAUAUGUCUGGAAGGUGACAGGAUUAUAAAGCCGUGCCGAAGCCUGUGUGAGGCAGUGAGGAACAGCUGUGCCCCUAUCAUGGCGUGCUAUGGAUACCCAUGGCCAGAGAUACUGAAGUGUGAACAGUUUCCUUUUGAUCAUGGGAUGUGCAUCUCCACAAUUACCAAUGACACAAGCAACAGUGGAAGAAUGGUGCCCCGUGCCAGCUGCAGGGACUGUGAACUAGACGAGGCCAGCUCUGCCAAGGAGAUACUGGAUACAUUCUGCGCUAAUGAUUUCACUGCUAAAGUUCGUAUCACAAAGAGAAAUAUGACUUCCAGCUCCGUUUCUGACUUUGAUAUGGAUUCCAAAAUAGACAUCCUAAAGCAUGGCCCGCUGUCAAGAGGUGACAUUUUCCCCAGACUCCAACAGUGGCUAGACCUGGACGCUACCUGUGUGCAGAACAUAAUGCGCGGGACCCGGACGGGCACUUAUGUCAUCAGCGGAGAUGUACAAGAAGACAAAAUAGUUGUGCAUAAUGCCUAUGCUUGGCAGAAGAGGAACAAGAAUCUGCACUUUGCUGUAAAGAAAUGGAAGCAUCACAGAUGCAGACUGUAGGACUUCCUGGGGCAUAUAAAACCUACAGAGAACUUGACCCUAAAAUCAGCAAAUCACCAAUAAAUCACCCUCUGCUGUCAAUCAGUUACAAGCCAUAGUGCAGUGGUUUCCAAACUGUGUAUUACAAAACUACAAAUCCCAACACCCCUAGACAGCCAACAGCUGUCUUUGCAUGCUGGGAGUUGUAGUUUUACAACAUCUCAAGGUCCACUGUACUAGUUUAUCUAAUCCUAGGAAAAAUAUGUAACAACAAAUAUGGUUAGAUACAGUAGGUGCUGUAAUUAAGGCCAUAAAGUUUGUCACUCAGCUUUCCUUGAAACACAUAUAGGUUGAUAUGGUAAUUUAAAUCUUAAAGACCUUACACUAGAACAGUUCAUAUUUACUGGUGGUUUUAUUUUGAUAUAUAUAAUUUUUAAUUUUUUUUAUUCCGGGAAAAUACCCUUUAAGGUUAAGGGUACAUAGAGACUUUUGUUGAAUGAUAUCAACUCACAGUCCACAAGUGCAAAACAGCUUUUCGAAAACAUAGUAAAAGUUUUAUAGUAGUAUGAAAGUCCCCACCAGGAACUAUGACUACAUAGCAAUUUUUGGUUUCUAUGGACUGCAACAGCGUAUUCUGUUAAAAAUGUGUUAUGAUAAUACAGGCUAGCGCUACACAGCACGCAACAUGGAGUCAUGAAACAUGAUGAUCAUAAUUGUGCCAUUGCAACAUUUUAUCUAAUGUUUGUUAAUAUGGUCGUGAUUUAACUGAAACCCCAGUCGAGCAAAAUCCAACUUUUAUGAAUUUUUGGUUGGGGGCCACAAGUCGCACGCAACUUUGUAAUACUAACCUAAAUGCAAGUUUGCGUGUUUUUGUUCUGUUUCUUUUGAUUGUUUGUUUUGUUCUGUUUCUUUUACAGCCAAAUGGCAGCUGUAAUUAAAGUCGUACAAGUAAUUUACACAAAUAACAAGUCCCACAAAUAAUUUGGUCACGCAACUUAAAUGCGUUUUGCAGACGCGAAACACAUGUUGACCCGAUAAUCCCAAGGGAUUUCUGAUUUUAUUAAUGCAAAGCUUAGAUGUAAAAUUGAAAAGUUCUGUAACCCUAUAGGGGAGAUUUAUCAAAACCUGUGAAGAGUGGUGCAGUUGUACAUAACAUGAGGCCUGUGAAACAUGAAAGAAGCGAUCUGAUUGGUUGCUAUGGGCAACUGCACCACUUUUUCUCUACACAAGUUUUGAUAAAUCUCCCCUUUUGUCUC